UGAACUUAAAGAUCUGAGAAGCGUGAAGAGAGGUGUGUGUGUAGAGAGGCGUCGUGUGUAAAAGUGUGAAUGAAAGUGGUAUUCUGUAGUAAUUGACCAUUUCCAACAAGGUUUAGGAAUGGCGCUGGCCAUACAGAGUAAAAACACGAUCCAUUUGGAAUUAAAACUAGCUAGGCGUCGUUUGAUUACUACUCUUUUUUUACUAUGUGUUUCGUCUGACACUAGUUCAUAGUAUUUUGUUUAUCAUGUGUGAACAUUUUUGGGAGCCACUAGCGGAGAUUCAUUUGGCAGUGAGUGAAGCACCAACAAGUGUUAGUGACAGUGAGGGUAUCUAUUGCCUCUGCAGCAGAGUUUUUAUACGUAAUGCUGAAUUUUUGCAAGGGGGAAUGUGCGAGAAAACUGAUGGAAGUGAGGACGAAACUCAUUAUAAUUUAGAUGGUGAAGAUUCCUAUACCUUAAUCCCGCUAGAAGAAAAAGGAAACACUGAAGUAACAGCACUGAAGUUGGUGGGUAAACCAGAAGAGGAAGCUGUGAGCUGUUAUUGUAGUGCAUCUCACACAGAUAAUAAUUAUUCUACUGAUGAACAUGACAGUAUACGUGGUGAUGGUGGAGUUGUUGCUAAAGGUGGUUUGCAUCUCAGUGAUAGUGGGGCAGAUCUGUCAGAGUGUGAUGCUACAAAUCAAACAGAAUGGGAAAGAUACUGGUCAAUUAAUGGAGAACGUCUCAUCUGGGAAAGCUGGAUUUCAAAGUAUGGGGAAUACAUAAACCCUGACUACCUGAACCAGGUAGAUAAAUUUAAUAUUGAAGAACAACCGGCAGCUUCAGAAGGAAGUGCUAAUGCAGCAAGACAGUUAAAUCAGAAUGUAGAAUCGCCAACGGAAAAAGCCCCCACUGAUAACAGAAAUUUUCCACUUGAUGCAAGUUGUGCAAAUUUGGUGGAUACUGAUGCAGUGAAUACACCACAGUGUAUUGUUGAUGAUAAUGGUAAAAGUGAUAUAGAGAAAACUGAAGAAUGCAACAUUCCAGACCAGCUGCAAGUUAAGGAUGAAAUUGAACAAUGGAGCCUUCCUUCACCUCCAACCACAGAAGAAACUUCAAGUGACAGUAUCAGCAGUAGUGACUACAAUCAGCGAUUUUCUAAUCGCUGUGAGUCUGCAAACAGUGGACUUGCUAACAUGACAGGAACCACAGACUCGAUGACAAAUGUCACACGUAUAACAGUUUCUUCCUUGGACUUUAGCUGUGACACUGAAGACUCUGUUCGCAGUGGUUCUCUAUUCUCCUCAUCAGGUGAAAGUGCCAGUGAUGGUCAAGCUCUGACAGAAGCUGAUUUGUACUGGCAAGAAUUGUGGAAACAACAUUUUCAGGAACAGUACGAAAAACAUCAUCGUGCAUUUUUGGAAAAAACAUUUGACAGUACUGCUCGUGAAAAAUCAUUGCAGCCGCAGUGUUCUUAUGAUCCUUUGGAAGAGUGUGAUUCAGAAAAUUACUGUAGUUUAAAGCAUAGUAAUGAAGGCUCUGACAGAGGACUUCAUAGAGUGUUGGAUGUAGAGGAGAUGGAGUCAUUAGACAUAGAAUCUGUAGAGAAAUCUGAAGAAUGUCAAAAUAAUGAAGAAGUUAGUUCAGUAGGUCAUGAGAAAUUGUCACAGAAUGAAGUUAUACCUAACAGUGUCCCCAAAAGCAUUCCAGGAAAUGAAAAUAAAGGCAAAAACAGAAGUGAUAAGAAGAAAGAAAGGAAACUGAUGGAUUCUGUAGGACACUUGCUAAAAAAUUUGAGUGUGUCACAAGCAAAUUCACAACCAGAUGCUCCAGAUUGUGAUGAUAUACCUGAUGAAGUAAAAACUGUUACUCGGAAGAGGAGCCAUGAGAGUGAUUCAGAUGAAGCAAGCUUGCAGAGAGUUAAAGCUGCAUUUUCCUUAAUGGGCUACGCAUUUCAGCCUCACCGACACAUUCCGAAGAGUUCUGUGCUGUACCGAAAGCGUAAUAUAAGAGUACAGAAUAGGCAGUUGAAAAUGAACUUGAAUCGUUCCAUGGCAUCACGACACAUCUAUUAUGACGACGAUGGCAAUGAAUGUGAAUCUGCUCUAUCGAGGACAAAACAGUUUUUGAACAGUAUUACAACCUCCAGUGCACAACCUUAUGGAACCACAGCAGCUAUUAUUACUGAUACGCACUCAAGCUCAGAUGAAGAUAUUUCACCCGCCCAACGACAACAACAGAAAAGUGUUGUGAGGAAAGAAAGGAAGCGACUUUCACUUUGUGGCUGUGACACAGAUCCAGCAAGCACUGUAGAACUGGCAGAAAGUUUACCUGAUGCUGAAAAGUCUUCAGUGCUUGAGGUUGCAAACAGUGGUGAUGGAGAGUUCGUUGCUCUUGCAGAUGACCAGGAAAUAGUCAAGAAACCACAGCAGAAAAAGAAACGAAAGAAAGGAAAAAGGCUGAGUUCUAAAAUCCCAGAAGAAAUUAUAUCCAAUCCCAAGUUAAUGAAGUACUGGGUUCGACGAUACCAACUUUUCUCGAAAUUUGAUGAAGGAAUUAGAAUGGAUAAUGAUAGUUGGUUCUCAGUGACACCAGAAAGAGUUGCAGAACAUAUUGCUGAGAGAUGUCAGUGUGACCUGAUUGUAGAUGCUUUUUGUGGCUGUGGUGGGAAUGCUAUACAAUUUGCAUUCUUCUGUGAGAGAGUGAUUGCAAUUGACAUUGAUCCAGAGAAAGUGGCUAUAGCAAAGCACAAUGCUGGAAUUUAUGGUGUGGCAGAUCGCAUAGAGUUCUUAGUUGGUGACUACCUCAAUUUAGCUCCAUCUCUGAGAGAUAUUGAUGUGGUGUUCCUUAGUCCACCAUGGGGUGGUCCUAAAUAUCUUGACGUUGAUGUUUUUGAUAUUGACCACAUCAUGCCUCCAGUUGGUGGUAGUCAUUUGUUUGAAAUUUCAAAGGCUAUAACUGAAAACAUUGCUUAUUACGUCCCACGGAAUGUAAACACAGACCAGCUGGUGAUGCUUGCAGGUCCAGGUGGUCAAGUAGAAAUAGAACAAAAUUUUCUCGACAAGAAACUUGUGGCAGUCACAGCGUAUUAUGGAGAACUUAUACAUGAGUAACAGUUAGGCAAUUAAUGUACCAAUAAACAUUUUUAAUAUCAUUUGAUGACUCAGUGUUAUUUAUGAAAAUGUAACUCAUGUACUCAGUGCAUUGUGAAGGAACUGAUGUUAAAGAAAGGCGACUCCUCAUAAGUCUUGAGCUAUGUUUGUGUAUUACCCAAAACAUAUGUCUGUUUUAAAAGUUUUGUGCAUGAUCUCUGAAUAUAUUGACAAAAUUUGUAAUAAAUGCAGAUUGUACUUCAAA